GUCAUCCCAUGACGGCGAUUUCUAGAUAUCUGCGCAGGGAUUGUCUUAUCGAUAAGCCCGUCAGGCACCCCAGUCGGCCCCGCGUUUCCGCUGCUAUUUCAGGUCCCCGCCGAGAUCUCCGUCGAUAUCCACAUCCAACCCCGCAUCGUCGAUAUGACCGUAGACGACACCAUCACCUUGACAUGCUGGCUACUCGACACUCGGCCUCUAUGGCCGGGCGAUCGGAGAGACAACAUAUCGAAAGCUGCUCCAGAUGCGCUCGCAUUGCUACCCCCCGAAGAACGCAAAAGCUGCACCGGCAUGCACUUUCUUCGUAACGGCAAGGAAAAGCUAGGAUCCGCCCUUCUCAAGCGCUACUUCGUCUCGAAAACUCUCGGUAUACCGUGGAACGAGGUUCGCUAUGCACGCAAAGACGACCCCAAGCAUGGCAAACCCGGCGCCCUUCUCCUCGACGGCUCGUUCGCAAACGUGGACUUCAAUUCAUCGCACCAAGCCGAAGUUAUUGCUCUCGUUGGCACAGGGUUAAACUGUGGGCUGAAUGUAGGCGUCGACAUUGUGUGUCCGAACGAGCGGCACAGCCCGGAAGACAUUGACCGCGAAGGGGGUUUCGACAAGUUUGUCGAUGGAUAUGACUCUGUGUUCUCGGACGCGGAACGACGGGUCCUCAAGAGUCCAAGGCAGUUUCCGAAAGCGAUGAGGGACCGCGACUUGACACGCAAGCAUACACUCGACGACGACCAUCUAUACAAAGCUUGCUCAGACGCUGGGCAAAUGGUCGGUGAAGUCAUGUCUACGGACGAGAAGUUGCGGCGUUUCUUUGCACUAUGGGGCUACACGGAGGCGUAUCUCAAAAUGGAGGGGAUAGGUCUGCUCGCGGACUGGAUACGACAACUGGAGUUCUUCAACGUGCGGGCGCCUACUCCGGCCAGGCGCACACAGGAUGUGCCGCAGGAUGAUGUGGGGGAGAAGGUCGACGACGCCUUGGUAUUCUUUGAGGGGAGGCAUUUGAAGGACGUGCGGCUGGGGAUACAGGCAUACGGGGAAGAGUACAUGAUGGCUGUGGCUGCGAGGCCGGCGGGUACGAAGACAAUAUCGACGGAUGGGGGUAGGUUAGCGAAGGGGACUUGCCCUGAUAUCAAUUGGUCGUUUGAGGUUGUGACGCUUGAUGCGAUUUUGGAGCAUGCAAAGUCGAAUCAGGAGUGAUUGGACUGCGAGGGGUUCGAGCGCAGUGUUGGAACAGCUCGAUCCGCCUUCAUCAAUCACGGAGAACCUAAGGAGAAAAGCCAGGGUCGUAGCAGAUCGAAGGCAGGUUUAAUGAAUGAGUAAUUCAGGACUCUUGUCAUGCUUAUGCUUCUACCAAUAAUGACUAUGGUACGUUUUAAGUCUUAGCGGUAUUGAAGGGCCUGUGGGAAGGUUUUUGGACAAUUGCUUAUUCCCAAUAUGCGUCUAGCGGGAUUGAUUACUUGAAUAUGGGCAGACGGUCGUCUUAGAAGUAUUGGUGGGCUUAUAGGCAGCAAAACAACGUUCUACAGUCCCACCAUUUCCACCGG